GUUUAUCUUAUAUUGCUACUUCUCUCCGAGGAUGAACACCAGAGCAGAACAGAAGGUUACUUGAACUUGAUGUGGCUGCAUAGUUGGCUUAUAAACAUUUCAAAUUGAACCACAUUUUAAUUAAUCCCUGUCAUUCUGGAGUCGACGCGGGGAGACGGAUAGUGACACUGCUUAAACGUUGGUCGAUCGUGGAUCUUGAACCAAAUCAAUCACCAGCUCAUAAACAUACCAUCACACCAUCUCGAAUUCUUCGAGCACAUGCCCAACAUGGCAUCAUCAUCAUCAUCAUCUACAUACCAUGACUUGUUCGUGGGAACAUUCAAUACUCCCCAUCUCUACACCCUAAGGUUUACACCACCAGACAACUCUUCCUCCUCGUCAUCAUCAGCAAAGUCACAACAAGGCACUCUCGACAUUCUACACCGAUCUCCCGCCAUCGGCUCCCACUCAUGGCUUCAUCUAUCGCCUCGCAGAAAGAAUGGAAUCCGCAAUCUCUACGCCACAGCAUGGACAGAACCUCCCUCUGUGGUGGCCUACUCUGUCAAUUCCCCAACCGACAUCCAACUCCUUGGACAAGCCCAGACCAAAUCACGUAGUGGCUAUGUCGCUGCAAGUGAAAUUGCCGUCUAUUCUGCGGGAGGCGCCACCGGUGAGGUUUUUGCUCUUGACCACGACACCGGUGCCUUUGUCAACCCCAAAGCAUCAUCUUCCGAGUCCACAAGCACCGAUCCAGCCACCCCCGUACAACCUCUUCAACUCCUCUCCUUUGUCGACGCCCAAUCACAACGAGACGACGGAUCGGUCAUGGACUUCGGUGGCCUCCGGCAUGGAGCACACUCGGUCGACCUAUCACCUUCAGGCUCAGCCCUGUACAUUGCUGACAUCGGGCGGAACUGUAUCUGGACGUAUUCGAUCGAUCCCUCGACAGGGUCAUUGCAACUAGGCGAGAAACACAUCUCGCCUCGACCGACCGACGGUCCACGUCACGUAUGGCCCCAUCCCAACGGUCGUGUCGUCUACGUCUUGCAGGAACACACCAGCAUGGUGGAUGUCUUCACGGUAGAUGUCGAAACAGGCACGAAACUGACCCACGUCCAAGCCGUGCGCAUCAUCCCCGAAACCGAACAAGAAGGCGACUUCUGGGCCGAUGAGGUCAGAACCAGUCUUAGCGCGGGCGAUCGACCAAAAUGGAUGUACGCGAGCACUAGAGGGCUGACGUCCGACAAGAAGGGAUAUGUCGCUGUUUAUGGCCUGGAUGACGAUGGUUUGAUCGUCAACGCUCCCAUCAUCUCCUCUGCUGCCAACCAGGAUCCCUACGCCGGUUUGGCCUACAUGUACGAAACCCCAACGAGUGGCGGCUGGGCCAAUGCCGUCCAACCGGGUCCGACCAUUCAAGGGAAAGAAUAUCUGGCUUUGACUGAUAGUGAACUCGGCUUUGUCUUCAUCUUGUCCUGGGACGGUUCUACUCUCGUCGAGGUUGCCCGUACUCAGUUGGACCAAGGUGCUGGCGCAGCUACCGCCGUCUGGCUAUAGUUGAUGUUAAUCCUCUUUGGACCCAUUUGGAUUAAUACUCAACUCUCACUCAAAGAUUUGGUCAUGUGCUUGUCCGUGUCUAGAUCCCAGAUCCCAGAUCCCAGAGCCCAAAUCCAGACUGCAAAGUCAAAAUGUCAAGGGAGAUUCAUUUUGAGUCAAAUUGUGCCAUUCAUCUUCAUCGUUCUCAUCUGGUCUCGAAACCAAGGCAGAGGAUGUACUCGAAUUCAAUACUCCUCUUUGGUAGAAACAAUCAAACAAUCAUACACUGUGAUCCAA